GAGGAAGAUAGAGAGAGAGGUAGGGAGAGUGGUAGGGAUAGAGGUAGAGGGGGAGAUAGAGAGAGAGGUAGACAGAGAGGUAGGGGGAGAGGUAGAGAGAAAUGUAGGGAGAGAGGAGGUAGGGAAAGAGAUAGAGAGAGAGCUAGAGAGAGAGGUAGAGAGAGAGAGGUAGAGAGAGAGAGGUUGAGAGAGGAAGGUAGUGAGAGAGGAGGUGGAGACAGAGGUAGGGAGAGAGAUAGACAGAGAGGUAGGGAGAGAGAUAGACAGAGAGGUAGGGAGAGAGGUAGUAAAUAA